AGCAGCCUCACCUCCACCACCUCCCCUAGGGUUUAUCUCUCUCCCUGGGUUUUAUCUCCCUAUCGAUCAGCCCCUCAUACUUCAGUUCCGAAUGGCGAGAACUGCAGCUGGAAACGCGAACCAGCACCACGGCGGCCGGACGGCGGUUCGGAUUGUGGUGGCGGGAGACCAGGGGACUGGAAAAUCGAGCUUGAUUGUGACGGCGGCGGCGGAGAACUAUCCGGCGAAUGUGCCUCCGCUGCUGCCGCCUACACGGUUGCCUGAAGAUUUCUACCCCGAGCGUGUGCCUAUUACGAUUAUUGAUACUUCUUCUAAGCCGGAAGAUAAUGUUAAAGUUGCGGAAGAUUUGAAGGCUGCUGAUGCAGUUGUGCUAACUUAUGCUUGUGAUCAGCCUCAUACACUUGACCGGUUGAGUACCUUUUGGCUUCCAAAGCUUCGUCAGCUAGAGGUAAGGGUUCCUGUUAUAGUCGUUGGUUGUAAGCUCGAUUUGAGAGAUGAGAACCACGAGGUGAGCCUGGAGCAAGUGAUGUCACCAAUAAUGCAACAGUUUCGGGAAAUUGAAACUUGCAUAGAGUGUUCGGCAUUUAAACAUAUUCAGAUUCCAGAGGUUUUUUACUAUGCACAAAAAGCUGUUCUUCACCCAACAGCCCCAUUAUUCGAUCAGGAAACACAGACUUUGAAGGACCAAUGCGUGCGAGCCUUGAAGCGGAUAUUCAUUCUCUGUGAUCAUGACAGGGAUGGUGCCCUUAGUGAUCCAGAAUUGAAUGAUUUCCAGGUUAAAUGUUUCAAUGCUCCACUACAACCUUCUGAAAUAGUGGGUGUGAAGAGGGUUGUGCAAGAGAAGUUACCAGAAGGAGUCAAUGACCAGGGGCUUACACUGACAGGAUUCCUCUUCCUGCAUGCACUAUUUAUAGAGAAGGGACGUCUAGAGACAACUUGGACUGUUCUCAGGAAGUUUGGCUAUAACAAUGAUAUACGACUUUCAGAAGAACUAAUUCCAAAUAUCCCAAAACGGACUUCAGACCAGAGUGUGGAGCUGACAAAUGAAGCAAUCGAUUUUCUGAGUGCAACAUUUAACUUAUAUGACGAUGACCGUGACGGGGCCCUACGACCACGGGAACUGGAAGAACUAUUUUCGACUGCUCCUGUAAGUCCAUUUAGUGAAUUUCCAUACAAAGAAGCUGAAGAGAGAAAUGCAUUUGGAGGCCUCUCACUUGACGGGUUCUUGUCACAGUGGGCCCUCAUGACACUCCUAAACCCAGCUUCUACCAUGGAGAAUCUUAUAUACAUUGGUUAUGCUGGUGAUGUUUCCUCUGCAAUCCGUGUUACUAGGAAAAGGCGUUUAGAUCGCAAGAAACAACAAUCAGAAAGAAAUGUCUUCCAAUGCUUCGUCUUCGGCCCAAAGAAGGCUGGAAAGUCUGCAUUGUUGGAUUCUUUUCUUGGAAGGCCAUUUUCUGAUAACUAUCAUCCCACCACCGAGGAACGUUAUGCAGUUAACCAUGUUGAUCAGCCUGGGGGAACCAAGAAAUUCCUAGUGUUGAGAGAAGUUCCCGAAGAUGGAGUUAGCAAAUUACUGUCUAGUAAAGAUGCUUUGGCUGCUUGUGACAUAGCUGUAUUUGUUCACGACAGUUCUGAUGAAUUGUCUUGGAAGAGAGCAACUGAGUUGCUGGUAGAAGUUGCUAGUCAUGGUGAGAAUACUGGUUUUGAGGUGCCUUGCCUCAUUGUUGCAGCUAAGGAUGAUCUGGAUUCAUUUCCAUUGGCCAUACAGCAUUCUACAAGGGUCAGUCAGGAUAUGGGAACAGAGGCUCCUAUACCUAUUAGCACGAAGUUGGGUGAUUUCAACAGUGUAUUUCGUAAAAUCGUAAGUGCUGCGGAGCACCCACAUUUGAGUAUUCCCGAGACGGAGGCUGGGAGGAGUCGCAAGCAAUAUCACAGGCUCAUAAACCGCUCGCUCAUGUUUGUUUCAGUGGGAGCUGCAGUGGCCAUUGUUGGACUGGCGGCUUACCGCGUCUAUGCUGCAAGGAAGAAUGCCUCCAGUUAAAGGAUGAUGAAGCUUUCAUUGAAAGAUUGGCUCUUUAGGAGGCCUACGUCCUCGACCUUGAUGGCUUCACAAGGCUGUCGUCUUCAAAUUCCCUGGUUGAAUUGUAGAGAGAUUGCCAAAAAGAAUAUAUAUAUCCUAUUAUUACACCCUUCUACCUCCUGCCUUCUCUACAGCGAGACAUGUAAUGUGCUUAUGUUACCCAGUUCCUUACCAUGGGUAAAGGUCCUCUGAAACUACGAUGGAAUGAGUUAUUAGCUAGUGCAGUGAAAUAUUUUGGCUAUUACUUGAGCCAAAUGAAGCAUUUUAAACAUUCUCAGAAAAGAAAAAAGAAAAAAGAAUCAAGCAUUUUAAACAACUUUUGACC